GCCACGGCACUACCAACAUCCGGUCCGGUGUUCAAAGUUUCAAACAGGGGUUGGUGGCGUGGCGCCGAUAGGUCCAUUCCAUAGCCACCACAAUCCUUGAUCCGUUCAGUUAAACAAGCAUUUGUUGACUCGAAAACCCCCUAGAGAGAGCUAGCCGGCAGCUUCUAUUUGGAUUUGGAAUCAUCCGUCGAUCUCGGUUGUAGUAUUUCUAAUUCUGUAACAAUCAGUCGGCCGUGAUUGGAUCUUGCCACGCCGCUCUGCAUGUGUUGCUCUGGUACUACUACUACUUAAUUAGGAGCGAGUAGUGCUUAAUCUGUUCCUGACACCGCGAAGCUUCUCUCUGACGGGCCGUUGCAUCAGGCUGGUUGGAGCGGAAGGUAUCGAUCGAUGGGGUGCAUCUCCUCCAAGAUCCUGACGAGGUCGGGGAGCCUCCAGGAGAAGGCCAACCAGGGGUUCCAGAGGAGCGGCCUGGUCGAGGACAUCAUCCUCUCCAACUCCAAGAGCAGCGGCGACCAGUUCCUCGCCCUCCUCCGCACCUCCAGCGCCGCCGCCAGGAGGAGCAAGGCCGACGCCGCCGACCACAGCACAGCCGCCGCCAAGAUCGAGACCAUCGACGUGUCCGAGCUUCUCGCCGGGCUGGAGGAGGAAGAAGACAACACCGCCCAAGAAGAAGAUGAAGAACAAGAAUGGCAUGAUGACCGGAAGGAAGGCGCGAAAAUUUCGCCUUGGUGCUUGUCGGAUGGCGCGGCCGGGAGCGGGAGGAGCUUCCGCACCUUGGAGGAGUUCGACGCGAUGGUGACGCGGUGCAGCUCGCCGGAGCAGGCGGGGCCUGCAGCAGUACUAGCGCCCGAACCGGACGUGUCGGUUUCGCCGCCGCCGCCGCCCCCGGAGAGCAGCUCCUCGGAACAAGAGGGGCCUGCGACAGCACUAGCGCCGGAGCCAGACACAUCAGUGUUGCUGCUGCCGCAGCCGCCCGCAGAGAACAGCUCGUCGGAGCAAGACGCGGUGGCCACGGCGAGCUACGCGGCGCCCGGACAGGUAGAGACCCGCGGCGCGAAGAGGCGGGCGCGGGCGAGGCAGCUCGGGGAGCUGAGCGCGCCGGCGCCGGCGGGCUUCGACUUCAGCAAGUCCGGCAGCCUGAGGGACUGGCUGCUCGGCGGCGGGCAGAUCUUCUCGCCGGGCUCCUACGCCACGCCCAAGUUCGGAAAAGUAGCGGCAGUGCCGUCUGUGUCCGAGGAACAUGGAGAGCGACGCGCGGUGUUUGAUCCGGAGCUGGUGGCGCAGCUGGAGGAGGCCAUGGAGGAGCUGUCGGUGGACGAGGAGCGCGUGCUGAGGGAGGUGCUGGAAUCCAUCGAAGCGGGAGAAACAGAGAGCUUGGAGAGGCCAGGCGAUCGGGCUGCGCCGCCGGUGGUGGCCGUGCAGGAUUAGGCAAUCAGUUCUAGGAUGAUUUUGCUAGGCUUUACCGUUUCAGAGUGCUUUGUGAUGUGAUGUGAUUUGUGAAUCUUGUACAGCAACCAUCUUUUCUUUUGUUCAUGUUGUUUCGCGAGCACGAGUGGAAGCUUCUUUUUA